AUGGCCUUGAGUUACAAAUAUUUAAGAGAUGAUGAGCUCAAGAAAACCUUUUUAAUUUCUAGUCUAAUAGAAAAUAAUACUUCCAUUUCAGACUUUUUCAUACAUGUUGUGGAAUUGGAUAUACUUGAAGGAGCUAACCUGAAAAUGGAAGACGCAAGAGAUAGAUUAGAUAAAUUGGUUCGUGACCUGAAAGACUCUUGUUUGUUAACUGACGGCUUCACGAGCGAACAAUUUGCUAUGCAUGAUGUUGUUCGUGCUGUUGCUAUUACGAUAUCUUAUACAGACCACCAAGUAUUUACAGGGAGAAAUGAUGUUGAAAGGGAAUGGAAGGAUAAAGAUAAACUCAAGAAAUGCACAAAAAUCUCCUUAACUGAUAGUAGUACUGUUAUUAGUAAGUUACGGCUUAAUGAUCUGGACUGUCCAAAUCUUGAAUAUUUCUAUGGUUCCCCUGCUUCUUUCAAAAUCCCUGAGAAAUUUUUCACAGUGAUGCCAAAGCUCAAAGUUUUAAAUUUAUUUGAAGUGCGGCAAUCGUUGUUGUUGUCGUCACUUGAUCUUCUAACAAAUCUUCGAACUUUGUGUUUAAAUAAUAGCAACAUCGAAGAUGUUGCUAUUUUCGGAAUGCUAAAGAAGCUAAAAGUUCUUAGCUUGCGAAAUUCAUCUAUUAAAGAAUUGCCAAAAGAAUUGGGUCAAUUAACUCAACUAAGGUUAUUGGAUUUAAGCAAUUGUUGGCAAUUAAAAGUUAUUGUGCCAAAUGUGAUAUCAAAAUUAUCCCAACUAGAAGAAUUGUAUAUGAAGGGAUGCUUUAUUCAGUGGACAGUUGAAUUACUCAAGGAAUUGAAGCUCUUGUCUGAAUUGGCCAGUUUAGAAUUAGAUAUUGAAGAUAAUAAGAUAUUGCUUGAAGACUUCUUUUCCAAAGAGCUUAAAAGGUACAAAAUAUCAGUAGGAGAUUGGUUUUUUAAACGUUAUAUGGUAGAUAACGAAGAUGAGCGUUUGAUGAUGUUCGAAUUGGAACUUAAUUCUACCAUCUCCUUGGAAGAAUUACGAGGAAUCAGGAAUGUUAAACUCUUACGUGUAGCCAAUUUUUCAGAUGUUGAGAAUAGUUUUAAUGAUUUUGUCACUCUCACGCCAAUUUUUAAUGAAAAGGUUAUUUUCACCAAUUUGAUGGCCUUAGAAUUGAAGAAUAUUAGUUGUGGAAAGAUUUGGGAUAGCAAAUUUCCAACACAUAUGUCCUCCCCCUAUCAGAUUUUGACGCGUUUUAUCUUGGAGAGAUGUGGAAAAAUAAAAUAUGUGUUUCCAUCUUCCAUUGCCAAAAGGCUGGAAGCUCUACAAUACCUUGAGAUAAAGGAUUGUGAGGUUUUAGAGGAGAUUGUUGCGGAAGAAGGAGCAAAAGCUGCUAUUAAUUUUGCCUUUCCGCAGGUUACCUAUUUGAAGCUUGAGAAUUUACCAAAACUUAAAGGUUUCUAUCUUGGAAUACAUACUUGUGAAUGGCCAAUGUUAAAAAAGUUGGUGAUCAAUGAAUGUGGAAAAUUCACUUCAAAAUGUCUAAGCUUCCAAGAAAAUUCAUUUCAUAUUCCAGAGCCAAAGUCCCCCUGCUCAGAGCGUAAGAUCAAUCAUGAUUUGGAGGUGCUUGAAUUAAGGAAUGGUGGGAAACAGAUUUUAUGGGAGAGUCAAUAUAAAACUCUUAUGAUCGGAGGUGAUGAGUUAGCUAAUAUUCCACUCCGAUUCCUUCAAAGAUUUGAAAAUCUGAAAGAGCUCACACUAGAAGACAAUAUGUAUAAUGAGCUAUUCUUUCCAACUCUUCCAAAUCUUGAAGUUCUAGAUGAAAGUUGCUGUCAUAAAUUGAUGAGUUUUGUGCCAUCCUCAACUCCUCUCCAGAAUCUUAAAGUUCUGAGAGUUUACUGUUGCAAUAGCUUGAUGAAGUUAAUAGCACCUUUAAUGGCUAGAAGCUUAGUGCAGUUGAGAGAAAUGAGCGUAAAGAAUUGUGGAAUGCUGAUUGACAUAGUAGAAAAUGAGGGAGAUGCAACAACGAGUACUGAAAUUGUUUUUAACAAUUUGAAGACAUUGUCACUUGAAAACUUAGAAAGUCUUACAUGCUUUUGCUCUGGGAAUUAUUCUUUCAAUUUCCCAUUUUUGGAAGAGUUAAAUAUAAGAAAAUGCCCUAGUAUGAAGACUUUCUCUCGAGGAAUCUUAAGCACACCAAAGUUAUACGAAGUCAGAAAGGACAACAAGCUUAAUACACUCAUACAACAAGCACACGACGAAAAGGUGUCUUUUGCUCUCGUAGUACAUAACCUACCUAGAACCGUUGUGCAAACCCUAAAUCAAGGAUCUUAUGUCAUGAGCAUGGACUUCCAUCCACAGCAGCAAACUAUUCUUCUAGUGGGGACAAAUAUUGGUGACAUUAGCCUUUGGGAGGUGGGAUCCCGAGAAAGGCUGGCACAUAUAACUUUCAAGGUUUGGGAUAUAUCAGCUACUUCAAUGCCAUUGCAGGCUUUGUUGAAUGAUGCUACAAUAUCGGUGAAUCGGUGUGUUUGGGGGCCAGAUGGACUUAUGCUAGGUGUUGCAUUUUCCAAACAUAUAGUUCAGAUAUAUACUUACAAUCCAACUGGAGAACUAAGACAACACUUAGAGAUCGAUGCCGAUGUUGGUGGAGUUAAUGACAUUGCGUUUGCUUAUCCCAACGAGCAACCGUGUAUAGUUACAUGUGGAGAUGAUAAGACUAUUAAGGUAUGGGAUGCUGUAGCUGGACGCAGGCAGUAUACGUUUGAAGGCCAUAAAGCUCCUAUGUAUUCAGUCUGCCUUCACCACAAAGAAAAUAUUCAGUCUUUUUUCUCUACGGCCAUUGAUGGAAAGAUAAUAUGUUGGCGACAUGAUUGCUUGGAAUCUAGAGUGGACUAUGACGCUCCUGGACGCUGGUGCACCAUGAUGGCGUAUAGUGCGGACGGAACCAGGCUCUUCUCAUGCGGAACAAGUGAAAAAGGCGAUUCUUAUUUAGUUGAGUGGAAUGAGAGUGAAGGAGCUAUCAAAAGGACAUAUCAUGGUUUCAGAAAGCGCUCUUUAGGCGUUGUCCAGUUUGAUACAACACAGAAUCGGUUCUUGGCUGUUGGGGAUGAAUUUCAAAUUAAGUUCUGGGAUAUGGACAAUACAAAUAUGUUGACGGCUGUUGAUGCUGAUGGUGGAUUGCCAGGUUGUCCUAGACUGAGAUUCAAUAAGGAAGGAUCUCUGCUUGCAGUUACAACGAGUGACAAUGGUAUCAAAAUUUUAGCCAACAGUGAUGGUUUUGUAUCUAUCAACAGUCUUGUAAGUUUAGCAUUUCUUAUACAAUGAAGUUGUUGGUGCUUACCUUGGUCCACAAACUCAUACCGAGUGCCACUGCAGGGUCCUAUGGACAGCAGUAGACUUGUUGAUGUCAAACCAUGCAUUGCCGAUGAUGGAGACAAGGUUAAGAGCUGGAACAUUCGUGAUGUUUCAGAUCCAUCACAGAUGAAAGCUCUGCGCUUACCUGAUUCUAUAGCACCAAGCAAGGUUGUUCGGUUGAUGUACACCAACUCUGGUCUAUCUCUAUUGGCCCUUACUGCCAGCGCUGUUCACAAGCUGUGGAUAUGGCAGCGUAGUGAAAGGAAUCCCUUGGGGAAGGCUACUGCAUACGUAGCGCCCCAGUUGUGGCAACCUCCCAGUGGAACACUUAUGACAAAUGACAUAAAUGAUGGUAAACCAGCUGAAGAGUCUGCUGCAUGCAUUGCUUUAUCCAAAAAUGAUUAUUACGUUAUGUCUGCCUCUGGUGGAAAGGUUUCCUUGUUCAACAUGAUGACAUUCAAGGUCAUGACAAUGUUUAUGCCCCCACCUCCAGCAGCUACCUAUUUGGCAUUCCAUCCUCAAGAUAAUAAUAUUAUUGCCAUUGGGAUGGAGGAUUCUACCAUUCAGAUAUACAAUGUCAGAGUUGAUGAGGUCAAAACCAAACUUAAGGGUCACCAAAAUCGAAUCACAGGGCUUGCAUUUUCCCAAACUUUAAAUACACUGGUGUCUUCAGGGGCUGACGCUCAGCUAUGUAUGUGGAGUAUUGAUAAAUGGGAGAAGAUGAAAUCAAGGUUCAUACAAGCACCAGCUGGCCGUCAAUUGCCUUUGGUUGGAGAAACUAAAGUCCAGUUUCAUAAUGAUCAAACACAUCUGUUGGUGGUUCAUGAUAGCCAAAUUUCCAUUUAUGACAGCAAGCUAGAAUGUUCACGUUCAUGGUCUCCAAAAGAUACACUCCCUGCUCCCAUUUCAAGUGCAAUAUAUUCAUGUGAUGGUUUACUGGUGUAUGCUGGUUUUUGUGACGGUGCUGUGGGAGUUUUUGAUGCGGAUAAUUUAAGGCUCAGAUGUAGAAUAGCAGCUUCUGCUUACAUACCUUCCUUCUCUGUCAACAGCAACACUACCACCUAUCCUUUUGUCAUAGCAUCUCAUCCAUCUGAGCCUAAUCAGAUCGCUCUUGGCAUGAGUGACGGAGCAGUGCAUGUAGUCGAGCCUUCUGAUGCAGAGCUGAAGUGGGGGUGGCACACCCUCCCAGACAAUGGUUCCCUCCCUUCUAAUUCGUCAAAUCCUUCUUUGAGUGGUCAAACAUCCGAGCACCCCACCAGGUAACUGCCGCGGCAUAUAGAUGAAAAGGUCAGUCCACAGGAAGUAUAGACACAUUGAGCUGCACACUUUUUUCUUCUUUUUGAACAUCAGCCUUUUCACUUAUUUUUGCUCUAAUCACUUCCUCUAAAUCAUGGCCUGCUAUAUCUGUUGUAAAUCGUUUUUCUCGUCGGCUGUUUUGCUACGUGAAAUUCUAGAGAGAAACACUUUAUCAGAAACUGAGAACAGCCCCUGCCACAAGCUGAUUUGAUGACACUUUAGAAGGUUUUCCUUAUAUGAUGAUGUAUACAUUAAUGGUUUUUGGAAUGAAAAUGGUCAUUGUUGCCAUGCCUGUCUGUUUAUGUAGUCAAAAACUAGCCUUUUGUUUUAUUUAUUUUGGGUUGUUCCACUGUAAAGAUGUUUAAUUUAUACUUGCACUUCUCCUUUUCCCAAUAGGCUUUAUGUUUU